UCUGGCUCGUCCUCCCACCACCACCAUCCAAGUUGCUCGACGCCGUGACGAUCGCGGGUCUGAAAUAGAUUUCUCCAAGAUAAUUCAGCGAUUGGAGCGUCUUAAUUCCCUCCUUCAUAUACCCCACCACUGGUCUACUUGAUCACUGUCCUGGAUUACAACUGAACCUGCCUUGGGCAAUCAAAUACCCCGCCUACACAUUCAACACUCCCUUUACUCAGGCAGGCAGCCUUUGGCUAGAGAACUACGACAUCUACGUACCCUUUCUUUGCUAUUUAUUGUCCAAACUCCUGUCGCCAGCCUCACAAUGGCAGAGGCGACUGAACCAAAAACAACGAAACCACCUGACGCUACCGUGGAAGACGACUCAGAUCCAGACUUUGAUGACCUCGAUGAUGUACUCGACCAGUUCUCCGCAGCAACCGCAUCCAACACCCAAGCACGCCACGAUGAAGCACACUCGCAAGUGCAACAGUCCCCUUCCUCAUCCGCCAAGGCCUCACAGGCACCACCAAGCACGGCACUACCUUCCAACAUCAAUAUCCCUUCUGGGCCGUCAAAAGGAGAAGACGAAGAAGAGUUCAUGUCCCGUCUAACCGCUGAGAUGUCGAGUGUCAUGUCCCAGUUCAGCCAAGACCCUGCUGCAUCAGCGGCGACACCUGAAGAUAUUGCCAAGUUGGGCCAGGAGCUGGAGGAAUUUACUCGAAGGAUGGAGGCCCAAGGGAUCAAACCGGAAGACAUGCUGCGAGCUAUUAUGGGUGAGGAUGUAGGUGACAAGAUGGUCGACGCAGUCGAAAGUGAGAAGGAGCGGACAAAGACACCACCGACCUCAGCAGCAGCAGCCGCCGCGGCCGCCCCACCGUCGCAACCCUCUUCCUCGCAACCCCUACCUCCCUCAGAAGCCGAACCAUCUCAAUCGGCACCAACAGCCGAGUCAAUUGAAUCAGCCUCGAAAACAAAAACAAAGUCAAAGUCGAAGUCGAAAUCCAAGGCCAAGGCCUCCCCCAAAGCAGACACUUCGUUCGAAUCAACCAUCCUCCAAACCCUGUCGCGGAUGGAAAAUUCGUCCGCCGCAGCUACAAGCGCAACACAGAAAUCGAGCCAGAAAUCAGAAGAAGACCUUCUCGCCGAGAUGUUACGCGCACUGGAAGCCUCUGGCGCAGGAGGCGACCCAUCUUCUGGUGAUGGCGACAAUGACGUAUCCAAGAUGUUCUUGCAAAUGAUGGAACAACUAACCCACAAAUCUCUACUAUAUGAACCGAUGAAGGAACUCAGCGAGAAAUACCCAUCAUGGCUGACGAACAACCAACCACCCAAAUUGUCCGCGUCAGAGCACGAACGCUUCUCCAAACAACGGAUCAUUGUGGACGAGAUCGUCGCUCGAUUCGAAAAGGCCUCGUAUAGUGACGACAAUGGCGCCGAUCGAGAAUUCAUCUGGGAGAAAAUGCAGAAGAUGCAGGAUUUGGGCGCACCGCCUGAAGAUUUGGUGGCAAAUCCAUUCCCUGGAAUGGGUAUGCCGCCGGGACUAGGUGGGUUGGGUGAAGAUGGUCAAGGGCCAGAGGAGGGGUGCCCGACUCAAUGAUUUCAAAAGUACUAGUAUGAGCAUGUACUGGGAGAUAUGAAGUACAUUGGGCAUUGGGCAUUGGUGAUUGGGACACCUGUGCUUGUGCGUGUGAGCCUGUCACGUUCUAAAAGGAAGGACUGCGAAGUGAGUGGUAAUCAGUCAAAAUAGACAGAGAUAUAUAUAUGCAUGUAGCAUGCAGUUGAUAUCCUAAGAUAUAUCUAUCCAUUUGGUUCAAAAGG